UAAAAUCUUGUUAUAAACUUCAAAUCAUAAAAAGAUAUUACCAAAUACACAUACUUAUUUGCUACUUGUAAAUGCUGUGGAUUGUUGACUAUGUAUUUCCUACUUCUUGUCAGUGUGCUCGCGUUUUCUCCUGUUGUUGUGUGUUUGGACAUAAUUGGACCUACAAAUCGGGCUAAUUGGGGAACGUGGGGUCUUAUGCAUUAUUGUGCAGAAGGUACAUAUGCUGCCGGAUAUGAUAUGAAGAUUCAGCCAAAGCAAGGGGUCGAUCAUGACGAUGUGUCACUUAUUGCAAUUAAGCUUGUGUGUUUGUCACUAGACGGUAGACGCUUUGGUGGAAACAUCACUUCAACUUUUGGACAUUAUUUUGGAUACUGGAGUGGCGUAAUUAUGUGCCCUAAUAAUAUGUUUCUGAAAGAAUUUGCGUUACAAGUUGAAGAGAACCAGCAUAGUGGGGACGACACAGCUGCGAACUAUAUUAAGUUCAGAUGUGGACGUAUGGAUUCUGGAUCGUGUAACUACGAACUUGCACAAACGCCUGGAUAUGGGUUUUGGGGAGUAAUUGGUGGAUGGAGUAGGGAAUGUUCAACAAACUCUGCAAUAUGCGGCAUACAGACUCGAGUGGAAGAUUAUCAUUAUGGCGGAGAUAACACCUGUCUUAAUGAUGUAAAGUUCACCUGUUGCAAUGAUGACUCUUUGAAAAAGUAAAAUGUAAAAAUUUAAGCUAGAACACCGCUUAGGAACUAAAUAAAAAGCUGACAAUAUUGCACAGUUAUAUGCCUUACAGGACACCUGUAUGCAAAUUUUAAAUAAAAUUUAGCGUAUGGUGUAUGGACAUUUUUCUGAACUAAAACUUGGCUAUUAGAAGUACUCUUUUUCAGCAAUGAGGAAACUCUAAAUAAUCUAUAAUUAUUAUAUCAUAAUUAUGAAAACUGUUUUUUUUUAUUGAUCAUUGUUAAGAAACAAAUACUAGCAUUCAGGUAACAAAUCACAUGUGAAAUAUAAUUGUUUUUAUACAAAAAUGUUUGUAAUAUGUAUAAAAAUGGUAUCCUACCCCACCUACUUUAACACAUUUUUGAUAAUUUACCUAUUAAAAGGCCUUAUUCAAAAAUUCCUAAAAUUUGCCAUAAUGAUGAGUGGUUUCAAGAGUUUGCCAAAAUUUUCUAAAAAGCAUAUUGAUUGAUGUUGCAAAAUAUUAGAUACUUUUACUAUGUAGUUCUUAUUUUAUUAGACUUAAGAAAUAUAUUGUAUCAUAUUCGCUUUAAAAUUUAGCAUUAUUUAGCCAAUGAAUACCUUCAAUCAUUAUAUAAAUAUUAUAAUUAUAUAAGCAAUUAUCAUAGUAUUGCAAGCAAUCCAAAAGUCCCCUACCGGUUAGAACCCCAGCAACAUUCUGAUGGGCCAUUGGCCAUUCAAUUUUACCAGUGAAUGAAUGACAUGAAUGAACUUAAACCUUUUGAGUUCUAAGUUUGUCUAUAUCACAGUAAUGUGUUAAGUUUCCCUGCCUAGUAAGGAAAUUAUGUUUAUACAACCUUGUCAUAUUAUUACGAUGUGGGAUUUUAAAGUAAAUCCUGAAAGGAAUGAUUCAUAAGAAAUUGGAGUGAAAAAUACCAAUUUCUCGAAAAAAGUUCAAGGGAGACACAAUUCUGGACUAGUCUUGCUAGAGUAUUUAAUCUUCUCAAAAAUGUUGAGUGAUAAUAAGAAACAUAUAAACAUUAUAAGAAGUUUGAAGUAGAUACAUUAGGAAAUAAUGAAGUUAUUUUAAACAUACAACAUUUUUUUCCAUAAAAAUUCUAAGUUCAAGGGAGGUAAUAAUGAUAAUUUUUGUGCUAGAGUUGUAAACCUUGUCACAGAUGAUGUGGUUGAUGACCAGAAAUUUAUAUUUAAAGUUUGAAAUCACACCUUAAGAAAUAAAGAACUUAUAGUGAAAAAGCUGAAAAAUUUAAAUCAGAAAUCUUGAAAUUCAGGCUUUUUGGUGCCAUAGCAACCAGAAUGUUCAACAUAGGAAGAAAAAAAAAGAUGUGCAUAAAUUCCAGACUGCCACCUACCCAUAUUUCAAGUUUCAUAAAAUAUUUUUAGUACUUUUUGAGUAAUCACUGGAUCCAGUUUAUGUGUUAAAUUUACCAUAUUUUCAGACUAUUUGUUGCCAUAUCAACAAGAAUUUUCAACAUAGGAAGACAAAAAAGACGUGCAUAAUCUCAAAACUGCCAUCUAUCCAUAUAUCAAGUUUCAUAAAAAUAUUUUCAGUA